AAUAUUUAGGCUGAUUUAAAAGUAGGGAGAAUAUUAUGGAAAGAAAAUGAAACUACAUAUUGGAGCAGAAGGAAUGUGAGCUGCACAACUAAGAAUGGUUCCUGUUCGAUCAAUCUCACACGUGCUGCUAAACUAAAUAAUGAAACUACGCAUUGCAACGUAAAUACAACCAGUAUGGAUUGUACAGUCAGGGAGUGGUUUACUGAAGUACAGAAGGAUAGAUCUAGUAGGAGUUGUCCUAGUACUCCCAGUAGAACCAGGAGUCAGCAACCAAUCUUUCAGUUCUCAUUCUUCAAUCCAACUACACAGAACUGGACGGAGUGUGGUAAGGGUAGAGCAGGAGCAGGAAAAAGCUUUGAAAAUAUUUCAAACAUUCUCUGUGAUGUUCAAGGAUUUGAACCAAAGGAAUCUGAUAAUAUCAUUAUUCGGCUCAGGAAAAUGUUCAUGUCGACUAAAAUAUUACGCUUGGGCGAAGUUGAUUGUCAGGACGAAACUUUUCUAGCAAUCACAGGAGAUUUUUUUGAAGUGAGUGGGAAUAAUUCUCUUAGUUAUGGAAGCACUGCAGUUAUAAUUAUAGUCUCAACAGGAUUUCUACUUCUCUUAAUCUUUUGUUGUCUGAAGCAGUUGAAACUGAGGAGAAAUUUGGAGUUAGAGACAUCGCCGGGAAAAAGUGUUACUUUACUGAACCAUGAAGACCAGGAGACAAGUUUUACCCCACUUAGCAUCCCAGGUAAAAGAACGAAAGAGCAGGUUAUGAGAGAGACAGUGCAGGUUAUGAGAGAGACUGUGCAGGUUAUGAGAGAGACUGAGCAGGUUAUGAGAGAGACUGAGCAGGUUAUGAGAGAGACUGAGCAGGUUAUGAGAGAGACUGAGCAGGUUGUGAGAGAGACUGAGCAGGUUAUGAGAGAGACUGAACAAGUUAUGAGAGAGACUGAACAGGUUAUGAGAGAGACUGACCAGGUUAUGAGAGAGACUGGAGAGAAUAUUGAUAUAUCCAAUCCUAGAGUGGAAACUAGUAUACAGGUAUAGGAUAUUAGCAAACCUAGAUAUCCCCAGUCCUGACUAUCCAGGAAAGAAUUUUGAUAUAUCCAGUCCUAGAGUGGAUACGCUACAUGUAUAGGAUAUUAGCAAACCUAGAU